AGCUAGACAUGUUAUUCUCGCAAGGCUUUCAGCCUUUCUAGUUCAAAGAGUAAGCCUUUGCGAGCUUUGAUGACGUUCCUUACUGAUGCGUGCAUUAGCACUAGCCACCUAAGGACGAAGCUAUUCAAAUUUAUCGUGGGACAUGAUCGAGUAGAGUAUUACAUCCAUCAGUCAUUGCUAUCCUAUUUGUUAGCUUCGUUUCAUAACCUAGUUAAGGAGUCUGCACCUACGGGCGUGACUUGGGUGGACGUCGACGAAGAUAUUUUUUCGCGUUUUGCUUAGUUUGUAUACCACGGCUCUUACUCGGAUUUCACCCUUGAAGUUAGAC